AUGGAGGCAGGAGGGACUGUGACCACCUAUCUGGAAGAAUUUAUUAAAGCCUUGAAAAGCAGCAGAGCGAGGCUGGAGGAGAGACUAAUAGCCCAGAAGCUGAAGAAAAUCCAGGAUGCUGGGAAGUCAUGCCUUGGGUGGCUGGAGCAGGACUGGGAGCCAGUGGAAGAGGAAGACUUUUUAAGCAAUUUGGAAUAUCUCCUGAGGUUCCUGAAUCACUAUGUCCUCUCAGAUGAGACAAACUACUUUCUCCCUCUGAAGGCAGCUCUGCAGAGCGAGAGCAUCAUCCAUGAAAUGCUUUGCUUACUUGAAGCUGAGAGAGAGACCAUCAAAGAGCGGUUCCUCAGACCUCUUCACAUCAAGAAAGAAAACUGUGCACAUUACAACACUGAAAAAUUCAUUCAUGAACUGAAGAGGAUCCCCAUGCACAGGUGUAUGAAGCAAGUUGAAAAAGAUAUGGAAAAGCUAGAGCAAAACUGUCCUGGUUUGAAGAAACCUCCAUCCACUGAUGAAAAUUGCUUUGAGCUGGCAGAAACAAGCUUCUUACGGUUUAAAGAGAGCCUGGAAGAGUUCUUGAAAUGGGUCAGUCACAAGCAGAACUGCAGCAGCAUUGUGAGAAGCAAGUUGGAUUUGUACCUGGACAGCAAGUGCAGCUGCCCUGACUCGUGGAAACACCCCAAUGGCUUGUUCUAGGGAAGAGUCACCCAGGCAGCAAGGAGAAGGUGGGAAGGGGUGAAGAGAA